CCUAGAACCCGUGAGCAAUAAAGAUUGGUAAGAGGAGUUAAGGCGCGAAAAUAGCCGUUAGAGGACGCGAAGGAGGUAAGAGGAGUGCGGGUAUUUAAGGAUUGGGAGGUAGGAGGAGUGAAAUCACACACAACAUUCCUACUUGAGUGAAAAACAGAGUGAGGAUUGAGGGAGAACACGAGACGCGACGGGAAAGGAGAAGAACGUUAGGAAGAUAGAUCAAGUAAGAAAGUAAGAAUCGGCCAAGAUUUGGAAUUAAACGAGCCUAGUAUCAUUAUAUGCGUGGGGGCUGUUUCUACUUCUUGACGCAACAGUUGAGUUUUCCGCCCCAAGUCCCACACCUCCUGGAUCUUUAUAUGCGUGACUGCCUCUCCUAUUAUAAAUAUGCCCCAUGCCCCCUGUUUUUGGAAGAAUGAAUUAGUCUGCUUUAUUAAGAUGUAUUCUUGCAAAUGUGGAGUUCCGUUUUGAAAUUGAGAGUGUUUCUCUAAGGAUUCUAUACAAGAAACCUUCCUGUUUAUUCCAAAUUUUCAUUGUGGAAUUUGGCAAAGUUUAAUAUUCUUUACACUUCUUCCGUGAGAUUGGGUAUCCUCGUACAUGACCACCUAUGGAAUCAUCAAGCCCAUCAAAGUACCCAUCAAAGUACGCGUUUCGAAGAACGUAAGCACACACCAAUUGCCCAGCGGUUUACCAAAACCUACAAGUCUUGAAUUCAAUUGCCCAGCAAUACCAAUACCAACAAAAUAUCAUGGCAAUUAGAAACAUCCGCAAUAAUCUCAGGUUGGUCUCAAUUCAUCAAUCUUGUAAUUCUACUUUUCACAUCUCGUUCUUCUCUGACACCCCAACUUCAAGUUCAGCUACUCUCCUUUCUCCUCCCCGCAUCUCAUUCGGGUGUUCAACUCUUUCCUUCCCCAAUCACCCUUUUGCGGGUUCUUCAACUCCUUGUUCUAAUGUUGAUAAUGGGCACUCACCCUUCAAUCUCAAUUUGCACUUUCAUACUCGCGUGUAUUUUUGUACUUUUUGUACUCGUACGUGUACUCCUUACUGGGGUAGGCCUCUUGCUACUUCAGAGCAGAUUUCUCAAAUCAUUGCACUGAUUCGUGAGGAUGGGGAUGAUUUGGUAGCCAAGUUGAAUAGUAUGAACGUGUCUUUGUCUCAUACGUCAGUUGUUGACAUUUUUCAGAUAUUAGCCAGUGACAGAGUGUCAGCAUUGCAGUUCUUUGAUUGGCUUAAAGUUUCUGAUCCUGAUAUUUGUUGUGAUCCGGAUAUAGGUAGCUUGUUUGUUCUUAACUGUGGGUUGUUGUGGAAUUUUGAGGCAAUGGUUCCUGUUUUGCGUGGAUUUAGCCUUAAAAGGGUGUUUUUGAGAAUAAAGGCUUUUGGGUUUUUGCUGGAUUUAGGUUUGGACAAGACUUCUAGAAUAAAAUGUGUGAAAAAGAUUAUGACCGUGUUCAAUGAGGUUGGCGGGGUUUAUCAAAGUUUUGGAGUUCAGUUGUUGAUAGAAAUGUUUGGUCUUUCAGGAUCGUUUGAGACAGCUGAGUUUGUGAUAAGAACAGCGGGGAGAAAGAUUAAAAACUAUCAUGUGUUAAUGAGGAUAAUGUGUAAGAGAGGUGAUUGUAAAAGAGUAGGAGAUUUGGUUAAGGAGAUGGAGAGAAGUGAUUGUGAUAUGAAUGCAGGUACGUAUAAUUUGCUACUCAGUUGUCUAUGCAAGAGUGGUAAAAUAGAUGAAGCUUGGCAAGUGCUUGAAGAUAUGGAGAAAAACUAUGGUUUAACUAAUGAGCAUAGCUUUGGUAUUCUUAUUAACACAUUUUGUAAGAGGCAUCAGUUUGAUUUAGUUAUGAAGCUUCUUGAUAAAAUGACUCUUAAGGGUAUUGAACCAAGUAUUUUGACUCAUGCUGCAAUAAUAAAGUCUUACUUUGAAUCAGGAAAGUACGAGGAAGCACACGUGUAUGUGAUUGGUUCUGCCGAUAAGCUUAGCUAUUAUAGCAAUGCAAACUACAGCUUGCUAGCUACCCUUCAUUUGAAGAAUGGGAAUGUUCUGCUUGCCAGUAAGGUUCUUUCUGAGAUGAUGGACAAGGGUCUUAAACCUAAUUUUUCAGCAUACAAAAAAGUUAGGACGCAUCUCGAGAAGAAAGCCGAAAAAGAUUUGUCUAUGGAAUUAUCAAGAAGAUACUUGAGCUUGAUUGAAAAAUGAAAGAUUUUGAAUUUUACAUGACCAGAUGCUGUAAUUCCAUUCAUGUUUGCUUAAUAGUUGCUCUACAUACUGAGCGGUCCCCAGUUAAUGACGUUUGCUUCUGCCAUUUUGCUGGUUUCAUCAUUGAUAAGUCUACAUUCUGCCAGUUUGUUCUACAUACUUGCUUAAUAUUGGUAAUUAUCCUUUACUGUUUUUUUUAUACCCAUUUUCGUUUUCUUUACAAUGCCUUCAAUUCCCUAUGUUAAAUCUGAAAUACAAAACCCAGAACAAGAUCAUGUGCAUUCACAGCAUUGCAUUGUACUAGUUGCAAUUUCUGAUUGAAAACUAUUUUUAAGUGGUCUAAAAUGAUCUUCAUGUUCCAAGAAUUCAGAAAUAAGUACUUGGCAGUCAAUGAAGGUUGAAUGACCAUUACUGUGUUUGAGUUUCUCUAAUUCAAGAAAUUACCCAUUUCAUCUUCUUUUCUGUUUUACAUACCCAUUUUCUGCAUUUGCAUUUUAAUUCUGUUUUCGAGUCAGAAUUUAGUCUUCAAUCUGUUUUUGUGAUGCGUUUUGUUUUUCUACUUUCUGAUUCAAGUUACAUCUCAGAAUUAUCAUUGUUCAUCAUGGUAGUUGAAUUUUGUUCACCCAUAUUUCAGUUUUCAUUCCAACUCUGCCAUAGCAUACCCAAUAUCAUUCCCUGCAUCAGUUGCAUAUAGCUUAACUAACUCAGUUAAGAAGUUUUGAGCAGGUCAAUAUGAAAAAUUAGAGUUUGAUCAGUGGUUGUGUAGGGCAUCACAGUGAGCUGCUUGGUAAAUAACUGAUAGGGUGUAUAUCUUCUACUGUUAUGGUAAUUGUCAUGUUCUAAGGCAUCACAGUGAGCUGCUUGGUAAAUAACUGAUAGGGUGUAUAUCUUCUACUGUUAUGGUAAUUGUCAUGUUCUAAGGUGUAUGUGGACUAGUAGUGUAUAACUGUUUAGCUAGACUAUGGUAUGUAUGCUACUAGACUCUCUUGAAUAAGAAUCUAAAUAAAAUAAUCUCACUUUCUAAGAGCAAAGUUACGGUAACGUGAACUUUGUGAGUCAAAGAAAAAGGCCUAAUCAUGAAACCUUAAUUAUUAUAACGAAAAUGGAUGAGGGUUGAUGCUGAAACUUUUUAAUUGUGUAAUUGAAGCUUUGUUUUCUUUGAAGUGAACUAUC